AUGGGCGACCCAGGUGAAAUGACCAAUCCCAAGCUGAAGACCAAGCUUUGGGAGUAUGGAAGACGCAGAAGGACCGACGGGCCAUACGCGGACAACUUGGAGGUCGACGCCCUCGUCGUGGGUGGCGGCUUCGGUGGCGUGUUCUGCUUUUGGUCUCUUCGCAAUGCAGGCCUGAAGACUGUCAUCUACGAGGCUGGCAAUGACCUCGGUGGUACGUGGCGAUGGAAUUGUUAUCCUGGAGCAAUGGUUGACUCGGAAGUUCCCGAGUACCAGUUGUCAAUCCCAGAGACGUGGAAGACGUACAAUUGGCCAUCCAACUACCCAACUUACAGAGAACUCCGUGACUACUUUGAUCACUGUGACAAAGUCCUCGACAUCAAAAGCCACACUGCCUUUGAGAGCGUGGUUACCGGAGCCCAGUUCAACACGGAAGAAGGACGCUGGUACGUGAAGACGGCCGAUGGCCGAACUGCAAAGGCCAAGUACCUCGUUGUCGCCGCGGGUUUCGCUGCUAAGCGGUACGUGCCCGAUUGGCCGGGCAUCGACAAGUUCACGGGUGUUGUCCAUCACUCAUCUUUCUGGCCGGAUGAGGAAAUCGACGUCAGGGGUAAGAAAUGUGCGAUCAUCGGUACCGGAGCGUCUGGGGUUCAGGUCACUCAAGCUUGGGGUCCCAUGGCAGGUGAGCUCAAGGUCUUUCAACGCACGCCAAACCUUACAGUGCCUAUGCGCCUCCGUGCUUUGACAGCCGAGGAGCAAUGGGCCGGCAAGAAGUGGUACCCGGAACUCUUUGAUCUUCGAGAACGUUGCUUCGGCGGGUUUUUGUACUCAUUCUCGGAGAAAUCCACGUUCGAAGACUCGCCCGAAGAGCGUGAGAGGUUUUUCGAGAAGUUGUGGACCGACGGAGGCUUCCGUUAUUGGCUUGGAAACUACAAGGACUACCUUAUCGAUCCCAAGGCAAACCGGGCUGUGUAUGACUUCUGGCAGAAGAAGCAAAGCGCCCGGUUGAAAGACCAACGCAAGCGCGACAUCCUCACCCCAGUCGAGCCUCCUCAUCCCUGGGGAGUGAAGCGCCCUUGCCUCGAAUAUCGCUACCUCGAGCAGUUCAACCGCGAUAACGUGGACGUCGUCAAUAUCAAGAACAACCCCAUCGCCGGCUUUGAUGAGACCGGCAUUCAACUCCAGGAUGGCACCCAUUAUGACUUCGACAUUAUCUGCAUCGCCACCGGUUUCGACAUCGUUACCGGCGGCAUGACAGCAAUGGGCCUCCGGAACAUCAAUGGGAAGACACUCGACGAGGAGUGGAAGACAGGCGCAGUGACAUACCUAGGAACCACGGUGCCAGGCUAUCCAAAUAUGUUUCACCUUUAUGGCCCACAAGGCCCAACGUUGUUGAGCAAUGGACCAACCAGUGUUGAGGUUCAGGGCAGAUGGAUCACUGAUGCCAUCAAGCAGAUUGAGCGGCAAGGGCUCAAAUACAUCAACCCUACCGAUUCUGCCAGCAAAGAGUGGAAGAGGAAGAUCAAUGAGCUCAGUGACAGAACCCUCUUCCCAACGACGAAAAGCACGUAA